GACUUGCAACAGCACUCCACACUCCUGGGCUGGAUGUGCGAAGCUUGACAGUGAGUGAUGACUAUAGCAGAGGCAGCUGAGGCUUAGCUCAGUUGCACACAGGGGGAAAGAGGGAAAAAAGGUUCAAAUUGGAUAUCUGGGCUUUGGUAGCAGGUGCAGUCUCUUUAUUGAAAGGAAUGUUGCCUGAGAGGAUGAAAACUGUUUGAACAUUUCUGGCGUGGAUUUAUUCCUCCUCUUUUGUGUGUUCCAGCCUUUAUUUUUAGAACCUGAAGACAUGGGAUACACCUGGCAUUUAAUGGACUUUUACCUCUACUAACACUAGAUCUGACCCUAAGCACGCAUGUUUAGUUGUUGAGGAACUUCUUCCUCUUUUUAGUUAGCUUUUCACGUCUCCUGCCUAUUCUGAGGCAGGAUAAAUCAAGAGCAAGAGCAAAACAGGGAGAACCGUCGGACCCCAGCCUGCGUGUUCAGACUUCACCCAAGGGACCGUGUGUGCGUUUGCGUGAUAGAGAGGGAGAGAGGGGGACUGGAUGUCAGGAUUAUCUCUUCAGCAGCUCUAACUCGCCCCGGGCGAGCACCAAGUGAAAGAGAAGGAGACGAGGAGGCGGUUGGAGCCUACUGCUGGCUCCUUUCCACCAGUUUCCCACGAGGACUGACAGAGUUCUGACACCUUCACUCGCUGGUAGGAUACAACGACAACAAACAAACAGGAGAGCCGCGACAGGACCACCCUUCACAGUCUGGGUCAGAGGUGACUGGCAGAAGAAUGCUGAUUCCAGGCGUCCACCAGGAAGAUGGCGAUGCGUGGUCAGAGUGCCGCAGCUGUUAGAUGGUUGCCCUUGAUGCUCCUAUGGCAGUGGACAGUUCUGGGUCCCCUCGCCUGGGCCCUGGCCCUAGCUGAGGGGCAGAAUAAGAGCCCUGCCUUCGCCCCCGCCUCCCCCAUAGCGACCGGGAGUGGAGGGCGCCAGGCUGGACAACUGGACUGGCUGCUUUCCGAAAAGGGGCCAUUUCACCGCUGCCCCGAGUACACAGAGUUCAAGGAGCGCUUCCAGCAAGGCUUCUCCACACGCUACAAGAUCUACAGGGAGUUCAGCCACUGGAAGGUGAAUAGCUUGGCAACCGAGAAACGAGACUUCUUCAAGGCUCCGCUUCCCCUGGCGCCUGAGUUCUUGCGAAACCUAAGGCUUCUUGGACGAAGGCCAAGUCUUCAGCAGAUCAAUGAGAACCUGAUCAAGAAAUAUGGGACCCACUUCCUGGUCUCUGCUACACUGGGAGGUGAGGAAUCCCUGACCAUCUUCUUGGACAAACAGAAACUGACAAAGAAGUCAGAAGGAAACGGGAACAGCUCUGUGGUCUCCCUGGAGAUCCUGCACCAGUUGGCCGCCUCUUAUUUCACUGACCGGGAGAGCACCCUUAGAAGGUUGCACCACCUCCAGAUAGCCACAGCCGCCAUCAAGGUAACAGAAACAAGGACCGGGCCCCUUGGAUGCAGUAACUAUGACAGCCUUGAUUCUGUUAGCUCCGUCUUGGUCCACAGCCCUGAAAAUAAGAUACAUCUCAAAGGUUUACAGGAUGUCCUACCAGAGUUCUUGCGUAACCGUUUUGUGGAGGCUGCGCUCAGCUACGUGGCCUGCAACUCUGAGGGGGAGCUCCUGUGUCGCAACAACGACUGCUGGUGUCACUGUUCAGCCAAGUUCCCAGACUGCAACUGUCCCUUUGCCGACAUCAAGGUCAAUGAGGACAACCUGCGGAAGAUCAAGGAGGCAUGGAACACCUUCAACUAUGACUUUAUGGAAUCAGAUGAAUUCAAGGCCUUUCUGAAAAGACUGCCUACUGAGCACUUUUUAAACACAUCCAUGAUUUUCAAGUUCUGGGCUGCAGACUCUGCUCUGCAGAAGCGCCACAGCCAGUUGGAGGCCAGCACCAGUUUCAUCCUCGGAAAAGCCCAGAAGAUUGUCCGGAAACUCUUCACCCUGAGCAAACGCUGUCCCAAACAGCCGAGGAUCAGUCUCCCCCGAGAAAGGACCCCAAGGUUCUGGCUGAACCUGGCCCAGUCUCUUCUCUACUGUAACGAGCAUGGAGUGCUGGGGACCUUCACAGAGGAGGUACAGAGCUGCACUUGCCCAGCUGACCAUGCUGCCUGCCAAGGGACGGUGCCUUGCAUGGUGGGCGAGGGGACUCUCUGCUCCUCCUGUGCCCCAGACAACAUCACCCGGUGUGGGGCCUGCCACCUGGGCAACAUCCUUCAUAUGGGUUCCUGCCGGCCAAACAUCGCCAAUUCUCUGGACCACUACCUGAACUUUGACUUUGACAUGCCAGACGCAGAGGUCAAGUACCUGCUGAGCCGCCUGGACAGCCACAUGGAGGUGCACGCCAUCUACAUCAGCAACGACGUGCGCCUGGGCAGCUGGUUCAACCCGGCAUGGAGGAAACGCAUGCUCCUCACCCUGAAGAGCAACAAAAACAAGUCCAACCUCAUCCACAUGCUGAUGGGAAUCUCUUUCCAGGUGUGCUCCACCAGGAACAGCACUCUAGAGCCCGUGCCUGCCAUCUACGUCAACCCCUUCGGGGGCAGUCACUCUGAGAGCUGGUUCAUGCCCGUCAACCAGCAAGACUUCCCCGACUGGGAAAGAACUAAACUGGACGGUUCGGUUCAGUGUUACAACUGGACGCUGAUGCUUGGCAACAAGUGGAAGUCCUUCUUCGAGACGGUGCAUAUCUACCUGCGGAGCCGCAUCCUGACGGACGACCCCGCCGCCAACGAGACUCUGUUUUACGAGCCGCUAGACCUGGAGGACAACACGUCAAACUUAGGCUACAUGAAGAUCAACACCCUCAAGGUGUUUGGGUACAGCCUGCAUUUCGACCCGGAGGGAAUCAAGGACCUGAUCCUGCAGCUGGACUACCCGUACACCCAGGGCACGCAGGACGCAGCCUAUCUCAUGCUGUUGGAGAUGAGGGACCGCAUCAAUCGCCUGGCCCCUCCCGCACCCCAGCCCCUGGACAUCUUCUCAUGUCUAUUGCGCCACAGGCUCAAGCUGUCCACCAGCGAGGUGGUGCGCAUCAGAGACUCCCUCCAGACUUUCAACUCCAAGCUGCCCAACUCCUCGGAGCUGGAGCUGGGCCAGUUGUGCAGCUAGCUUGGCAUCCACUUGGGAUUCGUGAGGAUGUCAAAACAGUAUGGUAAGCUGCCGGAGUUGCUGCCCUUCAGACGUCAGCCACAUCUCUCUCCGUCACAUGCUUUUUGAGAGCAUGUACUGUACAUAUUCUGGAGUUGGACUCAACGUCUCUAAUUGUCGGGCCUUUUGAGUGUUCUGGCCCUCGUGUUGACAUAGGACUCAGUGAGACUAUGCCACAUUCAGAUGUUUUUUUUUUAUAUAAAACUGAUGUGUUUUCAAAGAGAUUUAAGGUAUAGGAUUUCCCUUUUUGUAACCCCUUUUUGUUUGGCUACAGAUUGACUUGAUUUGAAAGGUAAAACAUUAUGUACUGAAAAGGUUGUUUAUGCUUAGCGGUUUAACUUUGAUAAUCAUCCAGGCAUUGCAGUCUUGGAGUAUUUCAUUUUUUAAUCCUUGCCUUUCCAUUCUAUCUGGUGUUUAAAAUCCUAUAAGAUAUGAAUCUGUGCUAAACAUUCAGUUGAGAAAUGAGUGACGAAUUGUAUUCAGCAUUAUAAGCAUACCAAAAGAAGUUGAGUAUUGCAGCAAACUGAAUUGCAAAAUGUCUUAAAUGUUGAGUUAUCUUUUGAGCUGACAACAAAAUGAAUUAUUUUGACAUGUUGACAAAAGGUCUGUGGAUAGCUCUGUAAAUAUUGCUCCAUCUGAAUCUAGAUGUGAAAAGUGCACAUUGCUUUUUAGAUAAGAACAAAGACCAAAAAAAAUGUUUAUAACAAAAUGAAAUCAUGCCUUAUACAGAGUCAAUGUUCAGAUGAAAAGCACAUAUGGUUAAUUUCAUGUGGUUGUUUAUCAUUUGAAAACAUCAGAAUACAACAUUUGAACUAAAUGUUUUGAAAUAAGCCUCGCCAUAUUUGCAUUCUAAACACAUUGUGGUUGAAGCUUGCCCAAAGGUUUUGAUGAAUUUCAAUUAUUUUUUAUUAUUUAAAGUAACACUUUGACCAUUAUUAUGAAACAUUGACACAUUAUAUAUUAGAUCUGACUUGGAACACAUAGGAAGAAUCCUGGCUGUCAUUUUGUCCUAUUUUGUUGUGAUAUAUUACAUGUCGGACGACUAUGUUUCGUUGAAUUUACCGUGGCAUUAACACUAUAGCCUUUAGCUAUUUGUCAUACUUAUUUUUUUAAAUGACACUCUAUGUUAAGGCUUGUUUAUAGUGAACCAUUACAGUAGGUCUUUCCAUAUCACAUAAAAACAUGAAUAUGAACCUACAGUCCUCUCCUGGAAUACACAUGCUGUGUUUCUUGGAGUUAUCCAGUGUUGUAUUUGACAACUGAGUAAACUAGGAACCUCUUGACAUGGAACAUCACAUUUAAAUGUCUCUGCUCGCCGUGCAAAACGGUGGCACCAUGAAACGAGUACACAUAUUUGCAAUUACACCCUCAGCCUCUGCCUGAUAAGAGUAUGGUCCCUAAUAUAUGGAGAGCAGCAUUUGCUAGGUAAGAAACCAAUUUCCUGGGUUGUCAGCUAGCCUUGACACUAAACGAAGUCGCAUCUCAUCAAACUCACGCGGGCAUAAGAAGAGUAGCCAUUGAAACCUGAGAAGCCAAGGAAACCUGAGACCACUAAUGAGGUGGGAGUUCUUCACUCACAGUUGGUAAAUAAAAGUUAUUCAUCUUAACGUCAUCUGGAAAUCGGCACUUGCCCUUCUGCUAAUCGCCAGGACAGGGGAGGACACCCAAUCAAUCAAGCAGGGUAUAUUACACCGCAGUGUAAACUUUCCAAACCUCCCCACUAGAAAGAGGAGGUGAAAAGGGGCUUGGUUGCUUUUUCCCCACCUCCAAGUGAUUUAUGAUGUUUGGAAAGUCAGAGGAUAGCAGCAGUAAUGUGGCACAGUUGGCGAAAUAAAAUGAGAUCUGUGUGUUGGGUUACUUUGUGACUGUAUACCUGUAGGUCAUUUAACUGGUCAUCAAUUACCUGCAGGAUUUGAGAUUUCAGAACAUGCUAUUACACACAAGCGACAGGGUGUCUGGAGAAUAGAUUCUUGUUGAGACAGCAAAAAGAGAGUGCAGUAGGGAGGGAAUUUCAUUCGUAGAAACAUAAUCACGCGGAAACAUUAAAACAUUCAAUACCUCCUGAAUAAAGGCCUACUGUACCAGUAUCAGCAUGCAUUCUCAUUAUUAUUCUCUGCUAGCCUUUUUCAUCUCUUCAUUGAAUCAAUACUGAACAUCCUUGUAUAGAGAAAUCCUUUAGCUUUUAGUUCAUUAAUUUUUUGUUAGUGUGUGGGUACAAUGUGGCUCGGUUUGUUGUACAGUAAGAGACAUGUUUGCCAGAACUGCACUUAUCAAGCCACCCAGAUGUUAGGUUUUAACUGGUCUUUCAUGUCAAUAGGGCCUUUUCAUUGCAGUUUAUGUCACAGUGCUCUCUCUCCAUCUUUCUUUUUCUCCCUCUCUCUCUCACUCUCUGUGAUCAUUCACACGUCCUAAAUGCCUUCAACUUCUAUAUGUUUAUUAGAUUAGCUAUACACAAGUUUAGCUAGUUACAUGAUGCUUACAACUGUCUUGAACCAAAGUGCUGAAUGUAAAUACUCUGUGGUCGACUAUGUCCACGUUCAUGAAAUCAUAACAUGGCACCGUCAACAAAUAGGAACACACCAUACCCAAAGGUAAAAUCAAAGCUAUACAAUGAGCAGACAUGGUUUUAUGUAUUUCUGUAAAUAGGCUUCAAACACAAACUGAUAUGCCAAACGGUCAGCUCUGAAAUAAAUCGCCCUCUUUAUUGUCAUUGUUUGAUCGACAUAUUUGUUUUUCUCAAUGUUUUAACAGGAUAUAAAUGUUCUUCUAUUAAAUGAAUAAAAAACA